AUGGCUUCGCAACAAUCCGUCGCCAGCACGUCGCCACCGCCGGCGACAGGCAGAAGCACCGCAAUGGCGCAGGACCAGGAGAUUUGUUUCGUCAACACGACGGGCAAACCUGCAAAGGGCUGGCGGGCCACAAAUACAACGGUCCGAUCGCAUGUGAUGCGCAGGUACAAACGCCAAGAGCGCACAAAAACACGCAAAGACGGCGUCUCUGAUAACAGCUCGAUCCGGGCCUUUUCAACUGGCGCGUCUUUGGCGGCGGCAACGGCUGCCACCGAUCUGGAACCCGGCGUGCUUUCGAGUCCUUCGUCCCUCGAGCCAUCGCUUUCGGGAAGCGGCCCGAGUGAUGACGCGACGAGGAGACGUGAGAGUGCCAGGAGCGAUAGGGGCACGGAGGGCGGCGGGACGACUCUGUCGAUUUUGGACCAGGACAUGGAGGAAUGGCCGGCUGCAGACAACAGCAUUGCAUUUCCUGCCUCCAGGUCCCCCGAGAUCAGGACCUGGCUCGACGGCAGCAUCGACCCGUUCGCCUGUCUUCCCAUCCCGCCCACGCCACGAACUCUCAUGCUUUUGCAGCAGAAUGCAUUUGCCGCCAUUCGAACGUCGGUUCACGCCGACGCCGACGAUGUGUGGCGGCGCUCGUGCAGCAGCGACCCUGCCUGGCUCUUUAUGACGUUGUUCUACGCCUCCGCACGGUUCCCCAGCACCUCGACAGCGGAUGCCGCGGAAGACGCAAGCUAUCUGCUGAAGUCCAUUGCGGCUAUCAACGAGAGCAUUUCGGACGCACCGGCGUGCGUCAGCGACUCCACCAUUGCCACUGUGGCCUGUCUCGCAAACAUUGACGUACGUUCUUUGCUGUGUUAG